AUGGUGCACAAACUUCUGCUGCCCGUCGCUUUUGCAGCAAGUCUCCUCUCCUCCCAGCUGUCCUUUGCCACAUCAACCAAAACCAAAACUCAAGUGAAGAACAACUCAGGUGUGACCCCGGCCGGACAGUGUGGGACCUGGAUAAAGGAGCCUGAUGGAGGCUAUUUCACUUCACCCAACUACCCCGAGAGAUACCCGCCCGAGAGGGAAUGCAUUUACAUAAUAGAAGCUUCUCCCCGGCAGUGCAUCGACCUGUUCUUCGACGAGAAGUACUCCAUCGAGCCGUCCUGGGAGUGCAAGUUUGACCACAUCGAAGUUCGCGACGGCCCCUUUGGUUUCUCGCCCAUCAUUGGCCGCUACUGUGGGCAGGAAAGCCCGGCGUACGUCCGCUCCAGUGGGAGGUACCUGUACAUCAAGUUUGUGGCGGAUGGCGAGCUGGAGGCCAUUGGUUUCUCUGCACGAUACAACUUCACGAAAGAUCCCGAGUUUAAAGAGCUUGGAGAGUUGCCAGCUCUACCAUUUUGUGAAUUUGAGCUGAGCGGUCCAGAAGGGUUUGUGGAAUCGGCUCAGAUAGCCAGGGAGGCCCGAGCGCAGCAGACUGAAGCUGUGGACUGCAGGUGGUACAUCAAGGCUCCACCCAGAGCUCGGAUCUACAUGCGUUUCCUGGAGUACGAGAUGCACAACUCCAACGAGUGCAAGCGCAACUUUGUCGGCAUCUACGACGGCAGCAGCUCGGUGGAGCACCUGAAGAAUAAGUUCUGCUCCACGGUGGCCAACGACGUGAUGCUGGCGUCCUCUGUGGGCGUGGUGAGGCUGUGGGCCGACGAGGGCAGCAGGAAGAGCAAGUUCAAGAUCCUCUUCACCACCUUCCAUGAACCUCCUUGUGAGGGAGACACCUUCUUCUGUCAUAGCAACAUGUGCAUCAACCACACGCUGGUCUGCAACGGAAUCCAGAACUGUGUUUACCCCUGGGACGAGAAUCACUGCAAAGAGAAGAGAAAGGCGAGCAUCCUGGAUACGCUGGAUAACACCAACCUCACUAUCAUUGGGAUAACCUGCGGCCUGGUUGUCAUCCUGCUCACCAUCUCCGUCAUCAUCCAGAUUAAACAGCCUCGCAAGAAAUACAUCAUCCGCAGAGAUGACUUUGACCCUGCCCUCCUCCACCCCGGCCUUGAGCCUCCUCACUACGAGCUCUGCACUCUGCGUCGCGCCCCAUCGGGCGAACUGACAGACCCGGCCUUGGCCGAGGACUUUGACAAGUUCCACAAGCUCCGACGCGCCGAAAGCAAGUGCAUCCGUGACCACCACUGUGGCUCUCAUCAGGGGAGCUUGCACGGCAGCGUCCACGGCAGCCGCAGCAACCUGAGCAUGAGGGACGCCACCAUUGCACCCGAAGCAGCUGCCCUUGUGCCCCCGGUGCCACCGAUGAUGGCGAGCCAGCAGUCGCCGCGCCUCUCUCACCACAACACGCCGACGGGUCGACGGAGCAUCCUGGUGAUGAAGCAUAGCUACUCGCAGGACGGGGCGGAGGGUUACAGGGCGGAGGAGGAGGAUGAUUUGAUGAUGGAUGAUGGUCCCACCACCAGCCAGCACCACAUGCACCGUCAUCCGAUGCACCACGGCAUGGCAGGGCUGGACCACGCUGUCCAUCGUACUCUGUCUAAUGACUUCUGA